AUGGCCAGCGGGCUGACCUAUUUCAGGGAGUCCUUCGAGAACAUCCAUCUGGAUCUGUCAAAACAAUCCGGCAGAUGCAGGCUGGCAGAAAGUGGUCUCGGCUGGAAGGCCGGCGGCUCAUCAGCAGAGCCCUUUACACUCAGCGGCGAUCAGCUAUUAUCUGCCCAAUGGAGUCGAGCGGCGAAGGGCCACGAGCUCAAGAUCAUCACCAAAGAGCAAUCUGUCAUACAACUCGAUGGCUUUGUUGCAGAUGACUUCGAGCGAGUGAGCAAAGCAUUCAAAAUUUGGUACGGCAUCAAUCUCGAGAAUAAAGAGCAUGCCCUUCGUGGUUGGAAUUGGGGCAAGGCAGAGUUUGGCCGCGCGGAAAUGGCAUUCAAUGUGCAAAAUCGCCCAGCCUUUGAGAUCCCCUACUCCGAGAUAUCCAACACCAAUCUGGCCGGUCGCAACGAGAUCGCCGUCGAAUUCAACCUUACGAGCGAACAGAAUGGCGUCAAUGGCCACAAGCCCGCCACAACACGAGAACGCGGUCGAAAAGCAGCUGCCGCCCGCGACGAGCUUGUCGAAAUGCGCUUCUACAUCCCAGGCACCAUGUCCAAGAAGGAAGCCAACGGCGACGAGGGCUCUUUCCGGUUACGCGGCAAGACGUACGACUACAAGGUCGAGUACUCCGCCAUCAAGAAAGUCUUCAUGCUGCCCAAGAUCGAUGAAGUACACACCCUACUCACCCUCGGCCUCGACCCUCCACUUCGCCAGGGUCAGACCCGCUACCCCUUCCUCGUCAUGCAGAUCAAGCUCGACGACGAAACACAGAUCGACCUCAAUCUCGAGGAGGACGUCCUCGCGACCAAAUACAAAGACAAGCUCGAAGGCCACUACGAAGCACCUCUACACCACGUCAUCACACGCGUCUUCAAGGGCUUGUCCGGCAAGAAGGUCAUCACACCAUCGAAAGACUUCUCCUCACACCACAAUCUACAAGGCGUCAAAUGCUCAAUCAAGGCCAACGAAGGCGCGCUGUACUGUCUGGACAGAAGUUUCAUGUUCGUCCCCAAACCGGCCACAUACGUACCCAUCGAGAACGUGGAGAAGAUUGUCAUGAGCAGAAUCGGAGGUCAACUGGCGGCUAGUAGAACCUUUGACAUCAGUAUUCUGCUGAAGGGCGGUGCUGGAGAGCAUCAAUUUAGCAAUAUCAAUCGGGAGGAGCAGCAGAGUUUGGAGGAGUUCUUCAAGGCAAAAGGAAUCAAAUACAAGAACGAAAUGACAGAUGACUCCUCCUCGCUCCUCAAAGCCGCCCUUGAAGACCAAGAUCUGGCCUCGUCGGAAGAGACGCACCUGGCGGCGGCGGCGCGGACCGUGGACUCGGAAAGUGAUGUGGCCGAGGAGUACGACUCAGAGCAUGAGAGCAGUGGGGCGGGCAGCGGCAGUGAUGUCGAGAUGGCCGAUGCGGAUGAUGGUGAUGAUGAUGACGGUGACGCGGAGGAGGAGGAGCGGCCGAAGAAGAAAAGUAAGAAGUGA